GUACAUCCGGUGUCACGUUGUUUACAUUGGAUAUCCCUUCUUGUUGAAGGAUCUGACAUAGAUUUUUUUGAAUUUUGGAGAUCGGAUCGAGUUAAAAUUGAUAUAGAAAAAAAAGACAUGGGACAGUACUAUAUAUAUGAUCACUACUAAAGAACGGUCCGUAAUGGACGCUCACCAAAACGAUUCACAGAAAAAUGUCGGCACGGCGGCCGUGGAAGCGGCGAGUAAGCUGCAGUUUAGUGUGGAUUUAGUAGAAGCUGUGCUUUACCAUUUGGACAUUCUUAACAAAGUCGACCAGCACCCUUGUUUGCGGAAGGGAAAGCAUCUUGAUGAAGCAUUGCGACGAUACGAAAAAUUGUGGCUUCCGUUGGCAGCUGCACAUAAAGACAAACUGUUGUCAGCACCGUUAGACAUUGAGUGGAUUUGGCAUUGCCAUAUAUUGUCUCCCUUGGCGUACAAACGCGACUGUGAAUUCCAUGUCGGGGAAAUUGUAAACCACCGUCUGCUGAGUAGACAGGACCGAAAGGCAGCUUUGGAAGUAUCCAAGGAGUUGUGGUUGGAGAAAUAUGGAGAGAAGGAGCCGUUCAAAAUACACCUUCCGAUGGGAAGGGAGCUGGUGGAUGACAACGAGGAUGGCUCGAAAUUCACAUCUGAACUGAAGUAUGAUAUCAGAGCUGCUGUGGGACGUCAGUCUCUAUUCUAUUACAACGUGUCUCUCCCUCACUACCGGGACCGUCAAUUCAUUACCAGGUGUGUGCUACGCUACCAACAGUUCUUAUACCUCAUGACAUUACACCGAAAGGUCUUCCUGGUACCAUGCUACGAUAACGACCUAGUUUGGCAUACACAUCAACUUUUCCCUUUGACAUACAGACAGGAUACAGAACGAAUAUUGGGCAGAGUGUUGAACCAUGACGAUUCCACAGACGACAGGUCACCCGGGUCGGUAUUAAAUGUCUCCUACGCGAACACUUGUAAGUUAUGGAAAGAGGCAUUCGGGGAAAACUACAGCUCCCCCGGUGCGAUGUACCGGGGUCCAACAUCCAGGGGCACUAUGUCUGACUUUACAACAGAUAAUUCAGACGUCGAUACCGAAGAACUUCCUAUAUCUGUUUCUUUACAUUGUUUAGCAUUACAAACGAAUCCAGCAGGCUACAAGGCCAAAUUUUCUUUACUGAUAUACCACGUGACCGCAGGGACGUCUGACCGGAAGUUGAUUGUAGAGCUUAAAGGUCCUUAUUUGGUAUGGACAGAGGAGCAGUUGGAUAAGGCAACGUUCAACAUGCAAAGAGGCGACGGCUUAGACUUCAUCAUGGUUCGGAAAUCGGGAUUGUUAGGACGGAAGGAAGAGGUAGCCGAUGUUAAAAUCGAAAGCUCUGCAAUUUUCAAACAUUUGGUUUACAGAUACCAAUCAAACUUCACUAAAGAGAUUGAGUUCGAGUCUGCGAAUUGUGACAAUAAGCUGUAUGUUGACGGGAGCGUAAGGGCGGUUACCGCCACACAAGUCUUGUCACUGGAGGUUGGUGACUUUGGCGAGUAUAAGGAGCCUGCUAACUUUGACAUACAGGAACCCUUACAGAAGUGGAAGGAGGGAUCUCACAAGGGCUGUGCUAGCAGUAUAGCCAGCCACAGACUGCUAGAUCGUUCCGGUCACGAAGUUUUUAAGGUGCGCGUGCAACACAAUGUCAAUCACCUGCGAUCAUCUGUCCAUGUUUAUGACGCUGAACACAGGCUACUUACCCUGGCAAAUAGCGUGGACUCGACACAGCUGCCACUUCCGGGACAGGUAUCUAGCUCUGGACGUGAUGUAUGUCUGUCUCCAGCCAAUGGCGAGCGUGCAUUCUUAAUCAAAGAUAACAAUGGCGACUGGGGUGUGAUCGGAGGCAGAUGGAUCCCUGGUCAAGACAAAGGAGAAGGUUCUAUGAGCUUCAGGAUCUACUUGUGUAGAGAGGAACGCUGUCUGUAUGCGUCACUUCCGGGAGAAUCUGGAAACCUCGACCUGAGUGUCGGAAAUUCUUCAUUAGAUUUCAAAAGUGGGCGUUUGACAACCGACUUCUCUUCGGAGGUGCCACAGCGGUUAACUACGUUACUCGUGCUCAGUGUCCUCACGACUCUCUGUGUUCCCCGUCCUAAGACAUGGUCCCCGGGUCUACCAGUGUCAACUGAAGCUACCAACCAUCUCUGUCUAAACACAUCUGUUGUCGGACGCGCGUGUGGACUUCACAUACAGACACCCUCAAAUGCAUAUCGUUCUGUAAAUCGUGCAACGCAUAAGUAGUGCCAAUGUUGAUUGUCAAAUAUCUUACACUUUCAUAGUUUAAAUGACACUGCAAGUACUGGCUCACAACAGCAUACACGGAUCAAUACAUAAUGACUUAAUUCUAAGGCAAUAUUAGUUCAGUGACUCGUUAUAAGCAGUAGUACGCUUUCUGUCCUUAUUUCUAUAUCAUCUGUUGAAUGCAGGUUUUCAUAUGUACAUGUUCCAUCUCAUUAAUACUGUAUAAACCAAAGUAACGGCAUAAUGCAACAAUUUUUCAGGCCAUUUUUCAUUUCGUUAUAUUAGUCCAAUCGCAUGUUUCUUAAUUGAUGUAACCAGCUUUGUGGGAAGGAUAAUUGUACUCUCCAUGUACUAGGUUACUCCGGACGAAACAUCUACAUAAUGGGGACGUCUAGACAGCUGCUGAUUACACUUAUCAAAUAUUCAUCAUAAAGGAAAACUCUUCAGAUCAACGAAAAUAUUAUGUCAAGUGCGCAUGUAUCAUUAAGGUCUACACGUACCGAAAUACAAACCAAGGUUUCCCUGGUUAUGAACACACACGAGAUUCCGGCCACAUGGACAUAUCUCAGCGUUAUUUUGUACAACACACGCGUCGCCCUCGCUUUUCAGCGACUCACAAUGUGUGAUUAAGGUUCGUUUGUUGUCAAUCCGGAAAGGAUAGUUCGAGACCCGCCUACCGAUCUGGCUGUCUGGAAUCCACUCGUGGAUGCAACACUCGUCGGGGAGACAGGGAGGAUCGCAUGCGUACAUUUCUUCUAGAAAUUCUGAGUCUAAUGGACUGGGACUGACAUAAGUCGGCAACAACUGUAAAGGGAAGAGAAACAUAGUUUUAAACUGAUUUGUGAUCAGUAUCUAGUGUGUUAAUAAAUAUAAUUUCAAUCGUUUGAAUGGAAUGAAUAAGGAUGAAAUUGCUUGCUUCUAUUUCCGAGAGGGCUGCCGUGUGGCGCGCGAGUAUCGGGUAACGGAAAGUGUGGGAAAGCGGGAACGGUGCACGUGUGUCUCUCAUUCAGCGAGACCACGUUGACGGGUGAAUACUUGUGCUAUUUCGGCUCUAAUUUUGUUAUCAUAUAUACGUGUCGACAUAUAUCAUUGUCAAACUUCGACACGAUGAAAGAUUCUAUUAAGAAUGUGAGGAGGAUGUGAAGGGCAUGUGUGUUUUGGCGAGAGAGUGUGCUUUCGAGCAGAAAUAAAACUAGCACUCGGCGUGGUCGAACCAUUGUUUUUUUAUUUGAGAUUUUGUGUUAUAUCUUGUCAUCAUGCAUCGUUAUAGAAGAACCUCUUGUCUCAAUCUUUAUCUUAGUUCUGGUUAAUUUUAUUACGCCCAUAGUUCUUUAUCCUGUUUUUAGUUAAUUUUAUUCAGCUUAUAGUUCUUUAUCCUAUUUUUAAUUAAUUUUAUUGAGCUCAUUGGUUUUUUUUUAUCUUAGAUCUGGUUUAUUUCAGUCAGCUCAUUGUUUUUUUUUUUUUUUUAUCUUAGUUCUGGUUUAUUUCAGUCUGUUCAUGACUCUUUAUCUUAGUUCUGGUUUAUUUCAGUCAGUUCAUGACUCUUUAUCUUAGUUCUGGUUUAUUUCAGUCAGUUCAUGACUCUUUAUCUUAGUUCUGGUUUAUUUCAGUCAGUUCAUGGUUCUUUAUCUUAGUUCUGGUUUAUUUCAGUCAGUUCAUGUCUCUUUAUCUUAGUUCUGGUUUAUUUCAGUCAGUUCAUGACUCUUUAUCUUAGUUCUGGUUUAUUUCAGUCAGUUCAUGUCUCUUUAUCUUAGUUCUGGUUUAUUUCAGUCUGUUCAUGUCUCUUUAUCUUAGUUCUGGUUUAUUUCAGUCAGUUCAUGACUCUUUAUCUUAGUUCUGGUUUAUUUCAGUCAGUUCAUGACUCUUUAUCUUAGUUCUGGUUUAUUUCAGUCAGUUCAUGGUUCUUUAUCUUAGUUCUGGUUUAUUUCAGUCAGUUCAUGUCUCUUUAUCUUAGUUCUGGUUUAUUUCAGUCAGUUCAUGACUCUUUAUCUUAGUUCUGGUUUAUUUCAGUCAGUUCAUGUCUCUUUAUCUUAGUUCUGGUUUAUUUCAGUCUGUUCAUGUCUCUUUAUCUUAGUUCUGGUUUAUUUCAGUCAGUUCAUGACUCUUUAUCUUAGUUCUGGUUUAUUUCAGUCAGUUCAUGACUCUUUAUCUUAGUUCUGGUUUAUUUCAGACAGCUCAUAGCUCUUUAUCAGUAAUAUAUUGUCUCAUUAUGCCUACACUAUCUACCAGACAAAUGACAUUAAAGUUUAUUGUUUAUUAAA